AUGUCGAACAAUCCUUCGUCGAACAGUUUCGAGGACGAAUCUAUUACCGGACUUAUCAGUAAGCUAGAUGAUCUUGAAAAUACGAUAAGCCACUUGGAACUAGACGUCCGCAAUGAGCUCAAUGCACAACGACUUCUGGGACGCUGUGAAUUGAAUCUUGCCGCACGAUGCGCGGACACUCCUAACGAUCCAUCCGUGCUGGAUGCACAGCCGAAAAGAUUAAGUGGUGGAUCGAUUCCGAGCACAUUCGGCGAAUGUAACUGUCGAUGUAAUCAGGCCCUGGCAAUCUAUCUGGAACAGCUGCGUCAAGCAAAGUUAGAACAGGAACAACUCUUGAGGCAUCUCAAGAUGCGGGAAGAAAUGCUUCAGUUAUAUCGAUCAAAAAUGUUAGAAACUAACGCGACAGUUGAGCGCCAAAAGGAACAAAUCCGAACGUUGGUGGAAAACGAAAAAAUAGUAACCGAAAAGAUUAAUUCCGCUUUGGAGGAGGAGAACCACACCCUGAUGCAAGAAAUCAACCGGCUGAAAAGGCUUCCAGACGAACUGCGCAUUCGAGAACGUGCACUUCGCGACGCAAAUAAGGAGCUGCAAGAUACAAAACUGACGCUCAAGUCACUACUGUUGGACAUCGAAACCGGGUUGGAAACCUGUGAGGACAUUUCCGGCGAGCUGCAGCAAGAGCGAACCCGGGCCUUUCAAACGAUGAAUGAAAUCGACAAGGAAAAGCACAAAGUCAUGACAUGGGUCGCCAAAUAUAGUGAACUGAAAAAGCAGUACGAAUCGGCAGUACAGCAAAAAGAAACCGUUGACCAAUUGGGUACGGAGCUCCGGGAAAAGACGUGGGAACUGGAUCAAAUGACUAAAAAAUAUCAAGCGAUUAAAGAGGAAAGCACCGAUUAUCUUUCAAAUGUGGAAAACCAAUAUCGAAAGCAACAAAACGAACAGAACAAGCGAAUCCUCGAUCUAGAAUGCGAAAAUCAAUAUUUGAAGGUCAAGCUUAACGACCAGAGCUUCAAAACGUCGGACGCUUCUCACAAGAUGCACCUGGAGCUAAUGAGUCUGGAGCAAAAGUUUAAAGAAGCACAGGACGAAAUCGUUGCAUUAAAGCGGUACAACGAAGCAGCUGCGGCCGCGGCUGAAUAUGGAAUACGCCAGAAGAAAAACACCAGCGAUGAAUCCGGAUCGCCACCGUUGAGUCCGCCGUUUUGCAGUAUGUGUGCCGUCGAAACAUCCGUUUGCUCUAGCUGCUGCGAAUGUGACAGUGCUGAUAGGGACCGAUCAUUGAAGGAUGAAACGAGCCCUUUGAGUUUGAAAUCUUUAGAAUCCAAAUAAUAAUCAGU